AUGAUGAUGUUUUCUAGUAAAUACUGGGCAAGGAGAGGGCUUUCUCUGGAUUCAGCAGUGCCCGAAGAGCAUCAGCUGCUUGGCAGCAUAACACUAAAUAAAACUAACGCUGGCAAAAAUGAUGAUAAAAAAGGCAACAAGGGAAGCAGCAAAAGUGACACUGCUACCGAGAGCAGCAAGAUGGCAGUUGUAUUCUCCUUGAAAAAUGAAGUUGGUGGAUUGGUCAAAGCACUGAAACUCUUUCAGGAAAAACAUGUAAAUAUGGUUCAUAUUGAGUCCAGGAAAUCUCGGCGAAGAAGUUCGGAAGUUGAAAUCUUUGUGGACUGUGAGUGUGGCAAAACGGAAUUCAAUGAGCUCAUUCAGUCACUGAAAUUUCAAACCACGAUUGUGACGCUGAAUCCGCCAGAGAACAUUUGGACAGAGGAAGAAGAGCUAGAGGAUGUGCCCUGGUUUCCCCGGAAGAUCUCUGAGUUAGACAAAUGUUCUCACAGAGUUCUCAUGUAUGGUUCUGAGCUGGAUGCCGAUCACCCAGGAUUUAAAGACAAUGUCUAUCGACAGAGAAGGAAGUAUUUUGUGGAUGUAGCCAUGGGUUAUAAAUAUGGUCAGCCCAUCCCCAGAGUGGAGUACACAGAGGAAGAAACUAAAACUUGGGGUGUUGUGUUCCGAGAGCUCUCCAAACUCUAUCCUACUCAUGCUUGCCGGGAGUAUUUGAAAAACUUCCCUCUGCUGACUAAAUACUGUGGCUACAGGGAGGACAACGUGCCCCAACUUGAAGACGUCUCGGUUUUUCUGAAAGAAAGGUCUGGCUUCACGGUGAGACCAGUGGCUGGAUACCUGAGCCCUCGAGACUUUCUGGCAGGACUGGCCUACAGAGUGUUCCACUGUACUCAGUACAUCCGCCAUGGCUCGGACCCCCUCUACACCCCGGAACCAGACACAUGUCACGAACUCCUGGGACAUGUCCCUCUACUUGCGGAUCCUAAGUUUGCUCAGUUUUCACAAGAAAUAGGCCUGGCAUCUCUGGGAGCAUCAGAUGAAGACGUUCAGAAACUAGCCACAUGCUAUUUCUUCACUAUUGAGUUUGGCCUUUGCAAGCAAGAAGGGCAGCUGCGGGCAUAUGGGGCUGGACUGCUUUCCUCCAUUGGAGAAUUAAAGCAUGCUCUUUCUGACAAGGCAUGUGUGAAAGCCUUUGACCCAAAGACAACUUGCUUACAGGAAUGCCUUAUCACCACCUUCCAGGAAGCCUACUUUGUUUCAGAAAGUUUUGAAGAAGCCAAAGAAAAGAUGAGGGACUUUGCAAAGUCAAUUACCCGUCCCUUCUCAGUCUACUUCAAUCCCUACACACAGAGUAUUGAAAUUCUGAAAGACACCAGGAGCAUUGAAAACGUGGUGCAGGACCUCCGCAGCGAUUUGAACACCGUGUGUGAUGCCUUGAACAAAAUGAACCAAUAUCUGGGAAUUUGAUGUCUGGGACCUGUGUCAUUGCCAGCCUGAUCUUUUGGGGGCUUAGCAGCAAUUCAGUCCAUGUCAUAUAACACCAGUAGCUUUCUGUGUCUUGGCUUGGCUAGUAAGCAUGCAAUUCUGUAUAUUUCUACCUACUUGCAACUUACUGUGAUAAUGUAUGAAACACCAUAAAGAACCUGAUGACAGAUAACCACUCACUGUAUGAAAGAUCGUGAUACAUUUAAAUGUCUUAAAUAGAUUUGACAUUCCAGCUUAGUGUCCUUAACCAAGCUGCAGCUAUUGAAAAUUGGUAACAAAUAGCCCUCUUAUGAUUCUAGCUCGUGACCUUUCCUUUCUCAGACCUGAGCCUUUCCUCUGUGUUCAUUAGAUAACAUGAAAAUAGCAGUGAAACUGUUUCUAUUUUCUCUAGUAUCAGUGUUUUCACAGCACUAUUUGAGAUAAACCCAGAAUUGUAUGAAACUUCCCAUCACAUUAACAAAAGAUUCAGUAUUCUGUUUCAAAAAUUGAAAGUAGCGAGCACACUAGUUGGAAUGGUUUUUAGGUUGAUUAUUUAUACAAUGUAAGAAAAGAGAAAUUUCCACAAAUAGAAAAUAUAUGUUGCAUUGACCUUGUAGAAACUGAGUUGUGACAU